AUGUCGAAAGCAGUGAAGAAAACCUUGACGGAUCAAGAUAUUCAAGCAGGGUAUUCCCGAUACCAACAGGAAAUACAGUCACUAGCUGAAAAGGUUGGUGAACUGGAAUCUGAAGCUGAAGAACAUGAACUCGUUCUCCAAACUCUGAAGGAAGUCAAUGAGAAACAUCCGGAGAGACCAUGUUUUCGCAUGAUCGGUGGAGUGUUGGUUGAGCGCACGGUCAAAGAUAUCAUUCCAGCCCUGCAGACAAACCGCGACGGGAUUCAGAAGGUCUUGCAAACCCUGAUCGAUCAGUACCAGAAGAAGGAGACAGAAUUUACUACGUUCAAGCGGGAGCAUGGGAUCGCCCAAAUGCCUCAACGAGCAUAACGUACAUGCCAUGUUCUUUCGACAUUGUAUCAUUCGCACAUAUGUAUACCACGUAUUAUACGAUCUCUGCCGCUGUUUCUGCAUGGA